ACAGCGGCGUUUUUAAUUUUUUUCAAACGUAAACCAGUUACAGACUCCGAUCCCACGCAUUCAUUUCGCCGUCUGUGACUGUGUCAGCAUUGCUUGUCUUGUUAAAAACCGAGACUGGAAGACUUGAGACUUUCUUCUUGCAUAUCUGGGUCCUUGUGUAAACAUAAAUAGAGGUUCGGGUAUGUACCUAGCAGAAAGAGAUGACAAGCUGAGAAUAAAUACGAAACAAAAUCAUGUAUCAGAGGACACCAUUCCGUUCUCAGAGGUUGACAGAACCUCUGAGAGACAAAGAAAACGUCAAAUCUACUGGUUUAGCAGCAAUGGUACCUGGAAGGGCCAGAACCCCCAUGAAAGCAUUUGACUCUCCUCACACACCCCUCACUCCGUUGAGGCAGCCUCUAGCUCUGGUGAAUGGGCCAGGGUCGGGUUUGAAAGGCCAGCAACCUAGGAAGCAGAGCCUCAAGCCUUCGUUACCCCGUAUCGAGGCCCUUCGGAAUGAGGGUGGGAUAGGGAAGCUAGAUGGGGGCUCUGCCACGAAAGGGACUAAAACUCCAAAGAGACCUAAACGACAGAAGUCCAAGAGCUGUGCUUCUACACCCAGCCUUGCCAGUGUCACUAAACCUAAACCGGAUGACAGUGUUGUAGAUUCUAUUACAUCUCAUCUCUUUGAUCAGAUUCUUCAAUCUGAACUGGGUCUGGUCAAAAGUAAAACCACGUUACUUCAGCCAAAAUUGGAAAGAAGCAUUUCCCCCGUAAAGGUCAGAAGACUUUCUGACACUGUAGAAGAUAUCCAGGAUGGCCAAGACAUCACUGAGCCUUGGUUUGAUGAAGCUGUGUCUGCCUAUGUAGAGGGAAUCAUCAGUAGUGCUCUUCAUUCCCUUCACCAAGAGGCACAAAUGGCGUCCCACAGAACUGAUUCAGAGGUAACGACUUACAACCAAACUUUAAAAUCACCUUCUUCAAGACCAGAGCCAUCGGAUGAGGACAUACAGACCUAUGUUGAUGCUGUCCUUUCUGUGCAGCUUCAGCUUGUCAGAAUGGAAUAUGAGGACAAACUGAAUUCUUGCCUGGAUCAUUCAUUGGGUUCUCCUCGUGAAGCCUCAAAGAAUAGUCUUCAAGAUGGUUCCUUGACUUCCUUCAAUGAUGAUGGACUUGAGGGCGCCCUCGAUGCUGACAUUAAUGAUAGUUUGGUAGGUAGCCUUUCAUUUGCGGACACUACCCCAUCUAAGGUGAAAAUGCAGUGUGCUAGUCCAUGUACCAGCCUUCUUCUCGAUGCAUUUGCUUCUCUGAGCGAGGGAGGAACUCCACUUUGCUCAUCUCCAGGAUACAUGCUCCUGCCGCCCAGGAGAGAGUUGGUUCAUGGUGAAGCCGGAGUUACCUUGCGUCAUGCCUCUGCUGACAGCCUGGGCAGCUAUGAAGAUGAGUUCCUUCGGUUUGUUCACGGCCAGUAUAGUUCCAAGAAUGCUAUGGAAAGAACCAAUUUUCCUUUCAUGCAAGAUACUGGGGUGUGCACAACUCCAGGAUUGAAUGAUGUUUCAAGAAACAGUUUGUCAUAUGAAGUCAGAGACACCUAUACACCUUUGAGGCUGAUAGAUAAUUCCACCAAUAUGACACCAAAGAAUAUUGUGAAUACAGAGACCUCUAUUACCCCUGUGAAGCUCUCUGACAUAUCCACAGAAACCAAUGCUGUUUCUUUGCAGGAGAGUAGCACAGAGACCGAAGCUGUCCAAUUGCAAGAUGCCAUGAUUGGUUCACCGUUGAAGGUAGCUUCUGUAGGUGUAUCUAUGACUCCGGUCAAACCCAGCGAUGCCCAAACAAAUACCUCACCAACCAAAGUCACAGACUCAUCAACAGACAUGGGAAUAGAGAUGGCGGACUGCGGCUCAGAUGCCAGAAAGCUGGAGGUCUGUGAUGCGAUAGUGGGGACCCCGGUGAAGCAGUGUACCUCUGGAGUUGCCACAUCCCCAGUAAUUUCCCAAGACACCUCAUCCUGCAUGACACCUGUGAAGAUGGACAGCACCGCUAUGGGGACCUCCUCUGCCAAGGUUGAAGACUGUGGCACCGAGAUGCCAGUCAUACACCUGAUGGAUACUGGAGUCGGUAUGUCACCACUUCCCACCAGGACAGAAACGGCUGUUGGAACCUCACCAACAGCAACUGCAGACAAAGAAGUGGGAUGUACCCCUAUUAGGAUGACUGAUAUGAACUGUGGAACAACUCCACAUCAGGUUACUGAUAGUAACACAGCAAUGACUCCUAUUCUGGUCACCAACACCCAAACGCUCACUUCACCACCAGUUGUGCCAAAUCUUAGAUUUAGCAUGAGUCCAAACUCUGUGGAUUUGGUGAAGCUAGUAAGCCAUGUUCAGACGGCAGCCAUCAGCAACCAACUCCUCAGGACUGAAAUACAGAUGCUACGUUCCGAGAAGGCGCAGGCAGAUCAAAGACUUACUCUCGCUACCGAACAGAUGCAGAAGAAAGAGCAGGAGGUGCUGAUGAGUGAAGAUACGAUGGGACAGUUGAAGAGAAUGGCCAGGGCAUCGGCUGAUAAAGAGAUAGAAGAUAUGAUGUCUCAGGUUGGAGAACAGAUGAUGCAGAUAGCUCAACUGGAAGCAGCACUUGGAGAAAAAACCCAGAUGUUGUCUAGCCUCAAGGAUGACAAUGAGAAGAUGAAGAAGGAUUAUAAACAACAGAUAAUUGACUUACAAGAUGAUCUUUGUAGGGCUUACAGGCAACAUCAGCAACAGCUGUCUGAUUUAGAGACCCAGUACAGGAAAGGAGACUAUGAGAGACACUAUACAAGGAGUCAACAGAGAGUGAAUGAGCUUGAGACUCAACUUGAUGCAUUUAUACAGCUACAGGAUACAGUAGACAGAGCCAUUCAAAUACAGGAUCAAUUCUGUGUUGCUAAGAAGACUUUUGAAGAUGUGGAAUCAUUGUUCAAGAUGACGAUACAGAGUCGUGAUAGAGUUACAGCACAGAUGAAGACAUUGGAAGACAAUAAGACCAGUCUGGAGGAGGAGAAGGAAGCAUGGAGACAUCAGAUUGAAGAUGGAGAGAGAAAGAUGAAGGAAAACAACGAGAAGAUGGAAGAAAUGAGAAAGAUGAAAGAGGAGGCAGAGAAGAGUAGAUGUGAGAUGUACAAGGAACUACAAGAAACCUUACAAUCUAAAGAUACAGAAAUUUCCAAGAAAGACAAAGAAAUAGAAGAACUAUCCAUCAAGUGCACUCAACUUGAGGAGAGGGAGGUGGCUCAUUUCCUUGAAGAGCGUAAUCAGGAGGCGGCCAUCAUUGUGCAGCUUGAGCAGCAAAAGGCGAUUAAACUUGAACUGGAGCAGACCAAAACAAACCUGCAAGAAACCAUUGAUCAGCUUCAUAAGCAAUGCCAGAGUGUAUCAACUGAGAAGCUUUCCCUUAGUGUCAAUUUGAAUUCUACCAAGGCCAAGCUCUACUCUGUGGAAGCUGAGCUGGAGGAUACAAAGAAGACGAGUGAAGAGAGACGGACCAGGCUUUCUGACUUGGAGCUUGAAUUGCAAACCUGCAGGAAUGCUAGUACAGAGUUGCAACUCGUCAAAUCCACACUGAAGACACUGGAGAAACAGUUCCAGGAGAACAAGCAGUUCCUGGAAGAGGAGAGGACAGCCCUGGAAGAGUCUGCUACGGAGACAGAGAAUGAGCUGAGAAUCACCGGUAUGGAACUAUCCAGGAGUAAAGCAGCAUUGUCUGAGGCAGAGCUGGUCAGGCGACAACUCCAGGUUUCCAUGUCAUCUCUCAGUGAGCAGGUAGAAUCCCUUCAGAGUGAACUAGACCAUACCAAGGCCCAAGCUCAUUGGAUGCUCUUUAAUCAAGCAUCGGAGAUUAGCGACGCUACUACAGCUCUUGAUCAACUCACUCAUGGAAUCUCAACAGCAGUGGCAAAGCUCGCGGAUCACACUCUUGACAAGGUUGAAGGAGCAUCAAGUGGUUUUGUCACAGAACAACGAGGUCAUGUACACCAUCGCUCUAAGUCAUCUGCUAAACCGGGAUCUUUAGUGGUCUCUGUACUCCGAGCAGUAGACCACAUUGAAACCCCUGGCAAGACAUCGGGUAUUGAUGACCCAGUCACUCCAUGUCGACAGAACAGAAAAGAAGAUGGUUCGACAGCAGUGGUCAUUGGUCAGUCCAGCUCAAGUGCCUUCUCAGUACCGAGACCAAGAACUGUGACUGACCACCAGGAAGAAGAAGCCAUCGGCAACAAUGACCAAGAGAAGAAGCCUGUUGAGGCGCUACCUGAUCAGGUUUUUAAGUUGAAGACACUGUUCUCCAAGAUGUUCACUGCAUUCAUUGAAAACGAGGAGAAGCUGAGGGAGGAAGUGUCUCGACUUCAACAUGAAAUUCAAGAGAAGGACAAGGGCUCUAAGAAGACCCUUCAGCGCUCUGAGAAUCAAGUGUUGCUGUUGAGGGAGCAGCUGGAGGAGUCUCUAUCUUAUCGUAACCAGCUCCAGCAGAGUCUAGUAGACGCCCAGAGGCAGUCAUCCGAACAGCUUCAGGCCCUGGACUAUGCACAGCAAAGGAUAGAAGACAUGGCUACCAACCUGGCAAGGUUCUCAGAUCAGAAAUCAAAGAUAGAGGCCAUGGAAGACGAGAUAUCAGGUCUUAGAGCAUCCCUGAAGAUGGUUACAAGAGAGAAAGAAAUAGUGAUGGCUCAGUAUGAGGCAUUAUCCUCAAAGUAUCAACAGGUGUCAAUGUCUUCUACUGGGGAUGGAGAAAGCAUGGGCAAGCUACUGAAAGAAAAUCUCCAUUUGAAGAAAGAGCUGGACAAGGUUCGCAUGAAGUUCCUAAAACGACAGGAAGACUAUGAGCUGUUUCAAAGCAAAGCUGGAAAACAGAUGAAAGUAUUAGAGGGAAAUUGGAAGAAAGCUGAAGCAGAGAUCUACAGACUUGAUCAACUCUUUGACCAUUGCAGAAAGGUAAUGGAUAAGGUUCCGAGUCAGAUGUGCCAAAAGGAUCCUAACCUCAGGCUACUUUAUGAGAUGUUUAGCAGUCAGUAGAAUGUGUCUCAAGGAGUUUGACAUGUGAAACUGUUUACUCCUAUAUAACAAAUGGGUUGUCCAUAAACAUCCUUCCAAGAAUGUGUGUUACAAUGGGCUUGCUUCAUGAAACUAUCCACAGCCCUAUUUUGUAAACAGACUUAGAAAUGUGUUAAUUAUACCUUAUCAUGAGCGAGUUUCACAAGACUAUCAUGAUACUUAUUUCAUGAACACGCUUAGAGAUGUGUGCCAAGUAAUAUCUUAUGAUUGGGUACUAGUGUUACAAGACUUUAUUAUUUCACGAACACCUAUUGUUGAGAUGAUAUCAAACCAAGAUUACAUGAUGAAGAGCUUACAGUAGUUUGGUGAAACUGUCCUCUAUGGUCUUAUCAUACUUCAUAAGAAGAAGACAUUCGCACAUUUCAAAUCUGGACCCCAUUCAACAAAGAGUUGCGAUAUAUGCAAAUCAAACUCUUAUUUCUAUUGAUCUCUUUGUGACUUUAGGGAAAUUAAAAUUUUAUACCUUGAAGUUGAAUAUACUGGGACCAUGGAAAUCUGUUCGACUUCGGGGAAGUUUGACUUGGAAAAGGUGUAUAAAACUUGAUAUGCAUAAUCUGGUCCAAGAUAAUGCUUUGAGUUAGGCGAUUAUUUUACUAAAGGAAGGCCAACCUAUGCAGGUUUACCUGUAUUUCAUUCCAUAAUGUACAAAGUAUGGUACAUUUAUGAGGCAAGGGACUGGAGGGAGGGGGAGGGGUAUAUUAAUUGCUUUGCCCAGUUUAUUUCUGCACUGCACAAAGUAUAAUAGUACAGUAUUUUUAAAGUAUUAUUUUGCAUCAUUUGCAUAAAAAAUAAAGGUGCUGUCGUCUAUCAGUAUUCAUUCACUGUUGAAUAGCAUUAACAAACAUAUCACUGAGUACACAUUUCAGGUCAGAUAAGUAUAUUCAACUCAAGAAUUAUUUUUUUUUACAAAAAUCAAUGGGAAAAUUGACAGAAUGGUUACAUAUUCUGAGAAUAUUAAUUGAGGAGCUAAUGUUUUUUUGUGCUUGACAUAAAGUUCAACUUUGCCAUUGGAUUAAAGGUGGAAUCUUUUCAGCUGUUAUAUUUGUCAAUUAUUAAUAUACUUUGUGUUUAUUUUUUUCUCAUCACAGAUAUUACAUGUAAUAUUCCUGUAUUAAUGUGCAUGAAUAUAGUCACUGUUUAGGACUGUGGUAUAAUUGAAUUUGUAAUAUAAGUACUCAUACUCUACUGGAUAUUGUUUAUCAAAUUUAGUUUAAUUCUAUUUGUCUUAUUGACAAAAAUAAAAUGAGAUGUAUUACAAUAUAAAACCUUCAAUGGAAUCAAUGUAAAUAGGGAAAGAGAGAAAACUGAAACAAGACUAGACUUUGUUAUGUACAUGAAAUGAUACCACGUUAUUUAAAGCUUCUUUGAAAUGAUUAUGUACUGGUACGUGUAUAUAUGUAUUAUAGGGGCUCUGAUUAUCCGGGGGGGGGGGGGGGGGGGUGGCAAUUCAUAUGCCUACUUUGAUUGUAUCAUUUAUUAUUGUUUCAUGUAUAGGCCUAGACCUUAUGAAUUGGCAUCAUCACACCACCGUCAUAGAGGCUGAAGCCUUUGCCUUGCGUUUGUCAAUGAUCUGCAGCUGGCGCACCUCUGACAACUCUGUUAACAGAUAUUCCUAUAUCUGAGGGAGGGCACUAUGAGAUUAUGAUGUCACAUGCAUAAGAUCCAUUUGUACAUCAAUUCAUAUGCCUUUUAAACUAAAGCAUGGCCAUUCUGUGAUGUGUCAUUUGCUAUGUACAGAAGUGUACAUUCUUUGUUAUUAGAUUGAAAAGUGUUCCAUAAAAUUGUUGCUGUUUAAGUGGAGCACAGUGAAGUAUAUGUACAUGUGUAACUGACUUCAUAAUGUUGUUAUUGUCCUCUCCUCCGAUGCAACAUAAUCUCUGAUAAAAUUUGAGCUGGUAUUAUUGAAUUACUUAAAGCUCAUUCUGACAUGGUGCCAAAUAGAAAAGCUACAUGUUUAUUUUUCGCAAGCCCUCUUCCCCUCAAAAUAAUUAAUUGAAUAAAUAAAGAAAGAAAGAAAUAAGUGAAUAAAUGAAUAGAUAAAUAAAUAAAUGAAUGAAAAAAGAAUGAAUGAAUUAAUGAAAUGAAUAACAAAAAAGCAAUUAAAAAAAAAUUGAAUUCUUUAAAAAAUCAGUUACACACAACCUACCCAUAACGUGUGACCUGUUCUGCUGCUAAAUAAUUAUAUCUCAAAUUUUGACAAAUUUUUGCAUUCUUGUUUGUCAACAAGAAUUCUAAACUGCAAAUAUCAUAUUUCAACUUUAAAAUUGAGAAUCAAUUUCAGAACAGGUCAUCUAUAGUAUGUAUCAAAUGUCAUAUGUAACUUAUAAACGGCUCACCUUACCUUAAUUUGUAUGUGUAGGAUUCAUAAUAAUAGACCUUUUUAUGCCAUCUACAUAAAACUAAACCUAUGCCCUAAAUCUAUGCAUUCAAAUCAUUUCUUGGCAUCAGCUCAGGUUGCUCAUGUUCAUAUCACAAAUAUAUGUUAUGUUCCUCUAUUUAAUUUGCCCAUCAAAAUAUUGCGCAUACAUGUAUCCCAACACAUUGCACUGUUCAAAAUAUUUUCGUGUUUUUGUAUCAUGUUAUGUAAAUAUGUACAUGUAAAUUUUGCACAACUUAUUAAAGUUGAACACAAAUUGA